CCGGCGUCCUACAAGCUUCUCGUCGCCAAAGGUUGCAGAAUAAAAACAAAAACAAAAAAGCACCUGCAGGCUGCAGCCGUGUGCACAUCCACAGCAAGAUGAUCUACAUCAUCAUGGGCGUGUCGGGCUGUGGGAAAUGACGGUGAAGCUUUCCUGUGGAACAGACCGGUCAAGCAAACACGGUUGGAUUGGACCACACACACAAAUGCAGCGAUCAUUUCGAAUGAUCGUGUUUCGAAGAGGGUCCCUUGCGAAGGGCAGAGAUGGGCAUCGCCACCACCCAUCGACUGGUGCUGAAGAAAGAAGCUCUUUAGGAGCCUUCCUAUCGGAAAAGCUUGGUUGGCCUUUCCAUGAAGGCGACCGCUUCCACCCGGAGGAGAAUGUGGCCAAGAUGGCACGAGGAGAAGCCCUCACAGAUCAGGAUAGAUUCCCUUGGCUUCUUCAACUACAUGAAGCCAUAAAAAGUGAAAGACGUUCCGACUCUAACGCUUUGGUGGCGUGCUCCGCCUUGAAGCGCCUCUACAGACUGAUCCUCCUCCAUGGCUCCAAAGCCCUCCCAUCCUCCUCAGAACCAGGCCGGGAACAUCAUGCCCUUCACCCCUCUCUCCCAGACGUCUACUUUCUCUUCCUGCAGGCAGACUACCAUGUCCUGCAACAAAGGAUAGAGGCCAGGAAGGGACACUACAUGAAGGCAGACCUGCUGGGCUCCCAGUUUGAUGCUUUGGAGCCACCUUUGGAGGGGCAGGAGAAGAAUGUGGUGCUGCUGGAUGGCAGCAAGAGCAUCUCUGACGUGGCCAUGGAGGUGGAGAAGCACCUCAGCAGCCACACGGGCGGAGGACACGAGGAAAAACUUUAGAGGCCAUAAAAAAUGAAGCAAAUUUAUACACCCUUUGUUUGAAUGAAGUUACCUUACCUUUCAUCUACAUUAUUAGAAACAAUUAUUUUUAUACAUUUAUAUACAAUGUGCUCCUCCGACAAUAUGAAAUAUAUUAGGACAGUAGUUCUCAACCUUUUUUCAGUGAUGUACCCCCUGUGAACAUUUUUUUAAUUCAAGUACCCCCUAAUCAGAGCAAAGCAUUUUUGGUUGAAAAAAAGAGAUAAAGAAGUAAAAUACA